CGGGUCAGGUGGCCACAUCCCCAGCACAGCCUCCACCCCGUGCCGUCCCUCCUCCCCCUUCCUUUGCUGCUGCCAGAGAGAGACAAGGGGAGGGGGCAGGCAGCGCAUCAUCCGGCAGCUUCCUCCCGUUGAACCCUUUAAUCCCCGGCUGCCUGAGCCCGAGCCCGCAGCGAGUCAUCCUCCAGCCCUGCCUGCUCCACCUCCACCAGCCUCCGGAGACGUGUCCAGUGCUCCCCGGAGAUCGCGGCCGAUCCUCCCCACCUCCUCCCGGGGAGCCUUCGCUUUGUGUGUGACUUGGAACAUCCUCAUCCUUGUGCACGGAUUCCAGUCCCCUCCAUAGGAGGAGCAGGGAAGAGGGAUCUGGUUUCCCUCCAGAAAGCGCCGAGAUUUCCAGCCUCAUCACCACCUUCCUCAUCCUCCCCACUUCAUCCUUGUGUGGUCAGCAGCGCCUCUCCUGCCAUUGCCUCAACUAGUUGGAUUUGCUGGGCUUCCCAUUGCCUGUGCUCUGAGAUUAGGCAACAUCCCUCCUCCUCCUCCUCCUCAUCUCCAUCUCUCGCUGCCCCCCACACCAUGAGGCUGACCAGAAAGCGCUCGGGUCCAGGAGGUGGCCCCCAGGAGCUGACCAGGCCGGUCAAGAACCCCUUUGUGCAUGACCUGCGCUUCACCCCUCUGCAGAAAGCCAAAAUCGCCUUCAUGACAUUGACUCUCUUCCCCAUCCGUCUGUUUUUUGCUGCUUUCAUGAUGCUCCUGGCCUGGCCGUUUGCUUUCGUUGCUGCUAUUGGUCGUACGGGAAAAGAGCUUGAACAGCCCAUGUCCUGGUGGAUGAAGUUUUUGGACAUUAUGUUAAAAGCUAUAAUGCGGACUAUGUGGUUUGCUGGUGGCUUCCAUUGGGUGACCGUAAAGGGAAGACAAGCCUUGCCUGCAGAAGCUCCCAUUCUUACUCUGGCUCCACACUCUUCCUAUUUUGAUGCCAUUCCAGUAACAAUGACAAUGGCCUCCAUCGUCAUGAAAGCAGAAAGCAAAGAUAUUCCUGUUUGGGGAACGUUAAUUAACUAUAUUCGACCAGUGUUUGUUUCCCGCUCUGAUCAAGAUUCAAGAAAAAAAACUGUGGAAGAAAUCAGAAGACGUGCCCACUCCAAUGGGGUUUGGCCACAGGUAAUGAUCUUUCCUGAAGGAACUUGCACCAACAGAUCCUGUCUGAUCACCUUCAAACCUGGUGCAUUUAUUCCCGCUGUCCCUGUACAACCAGUAGUUUUGAGAUACCCCAACAAAAUGGACACAAUAACCUGGACAUGGCAAGGACCUGGAGCGAUGGACAUACUGUGGCUCUCUUUAUGUCAGUUCCACAACUAUAUUGAAAUAGAGUUUCUUCCUAUUUAUACUCCAUCUGAAGAGGAGAAGAGGAACCCUGCUCUGUAUGCAAACAACGUAAGACAUGUAAUGGCCAAAGCAUUGGGUGUGUCUGUCACAGACUACACAUUUGAAGACUGCCAGUUGGCCUUAGCUGAAGGACAGCUCCGUCUCCCAUCAGAUACAUCUCUCCUGGAAUUUGCAAGACUUGUUAGAAGUUUGGGCUUAAAACCAGAGAAGCUUGAAAAGGAAUUGAAACAGUUCUCUGAAAGUGCUAAAAAAAGAAAUGGGGAAAAGAUAAACUUAAAGGAAUUUGCAGAGUACUUAUCUGUUCCAGUAACAGAGAAAUUAGAGGACCUAUUUGCCUUAUUUGACGAGAAUGAAGAGGGUGCUAUUGACCUGCGAGAGUAUGUGAUUGCGUUGUCUGUAGUAUGCAGACCUUCUAAGACACUGGAAACCAUUCAGUUGGCUUUUGAAAUGUACCAGUCAGAAAAUGAUAAAACUAUAACAGAAGAAGAGCUGGCAGUGAUUUUGAAGACGGCGCUGGGAGUGUCAGAACUGAAUGUAACAGAUCUUUUUAGAGCAAUAGAUGAGGAGGAGAAGGCUAAAAUCACAUAUGUGGACUUUGACAGGUUUGCUGCUUUGAACCCACAUUUUGCUGAAAUGUUUCUUUAUCCAAACAUGGUGGACUCUGAAACAUGUGUAGAUAACUCUUCUGCCACUGCCCCCAAUGGUUUCUGUACUGAUUUUACUCCUGAAGAUAUGGAGGAAUACCAUAAUGAGCAAAAGAAACUGAACUAAAGCUGAAACUACAUCUCCCUCUCCUGGUGAGGGGCAUAUAUGUAUUGUUCCUCUCAACUUAGUUAAACCCAUCUAUAUUUUUGUUUGUAUCUUUGUGACCAUUUCCAUUAUUUUCGUUCUGCUUUUUUUGGUUUGUGUUCUUUAGUACAAUCAAAGUGUUGGUAAGCAAUGAUGGAAUUUGGUCAGAAUAACUUCAUGGGGGUGAUGCCAUGUGUAUAUACUAGGCAGGAGAACAUGGUGGGGUUGCACAUGGUGACCUAUCAAGUUCUGGACUACACUGAAAUAUGUUUAGCUUUUAGACCUGGCUUGCUGUAUGAAUUGUGAUAUAAGCAACCAAUACAAAAAAAAAAAAACCUUAUAAAAAUGUCCUUUUUUACUACAGAAGGAUUUUUGCAUAAUAAAGCCAAGUUGAUGUUUAGUCCAGCCGUGACCUAUUCCCUAAAGGUGCUAGGACACGGAUAUAUCAAUAGAAUUUUGGUGAGAGCUCUAAAUUCAUCUGAAGGAUUGUUUUAAACCAGACAAAACACCAGAUUUUCACAGGAUGGCACUUUCCCUACUGCACCCUUUUUAACAUGCUGCUAUGCUUGUGGUCACAGUAAACAUGGCACAGCAUAGAUUUCUUAGGCUUUCAGUAAUAUUUCACGAAGCACAGGUUUGUAAGGUUUUUUUUUGGUGUUUGUUGUUAUGUAUCUCUUGAAAUGAUGUAGUGCACUCAGUGAGUUUCCUGUUUGAAUGUUAAUGCUUUGGAGUAUAACAACUUCUUUGCAGAGAUCCAGCACACACCCAAGAUGUAAUGUGUUUUCCAUAUGCUGUACAGAGCGUGCAUGAACAGCAGAAUCUGUUCCCCAUGUGGCGUCUAGUGCACUUUGGUGACUACUUCUUCUCUAGGUCACGCUAUAUGUUGUGUUAACCUCAUUGAUUACUGAACAAACUUUAUUUGAAGUUACAUGCAUAGUUCAUUUCCUCUGCAUUGCACAUUUACCUAGUAUUAUAAACAGUUGUCAUUGACAGGUCAUUUUCGUGUUAUCAGUUAUGAAUAAUUUACAGGUCUCCCAUUAUAUUAAGGCUGGCUGACAAAACAAUACAACAACGGAUUCGGAAAAAAAACAUACCUAUCUGGCUAAUUUUAAUCUAUGAUUGUAGGGGCUGAGACAAUUUAUAGCUUAUAAAACAUGUUUUCACCCAGAAUGUUAAAGAACAUGUAUUAUCAAAUUUGAAGUCUACCCUGCACAUUAAAUAAAAAUUGGUGGGAUUUCUAGACCAUCUAAUGUAUAUGGAAGCUAUCCUAUGGGAACAUAGGGUUCGGCAUGUUGAAUUUCAAUAUGUCCGAUCCUUUUGCUUUUCGGGAGCUUACUCCCCUCUCCCCAUUCAGAAUACAUUUACAGUUGGCUGAGCUUUUAUGCAUAUGUGGGGAUUUGGGAGGUGGCUGUCGAUCAAAAGCUAUCUGGAAUGCUUGGCCAAGUGAUAACUUGUAGGCCAGAGUUUGGUAAUUAUGUUUUAUUUACAUUUCAUAUAAAUUUACUGUGGCACCAAUUUUGGACAAAGUGACAACAGGUAGUGCAGCCGUAUUAGUUGUUCAGAUUUUCUGCAACAGAUGUUAAAGGGAAACUGACAGCAACAUUACCCUCACUACCCUGAAUAUACAGGACAACAGUGCGGGUGAUGCUGUUUAAAACCCACUUAACCUGGAAAAAAUCUCCUCAGCCGUUCCCAAGCAAUCUGUAUUUAUCCAAAUAUGCUUAUUUUAUUCUCUAAACAAUUGAGAUGGUCUCCAGUCUUCUGAGCAAUACUCCCCCCCCCCC